GCGCACGGCACAGGGGGGGGGGGGAAAGUUUAGUGGAAACUUGAAAGAGUAUUUGAAAGUAGCAACCGAAAAAAAGGGAUUUACAAGAAAAACGAACAAGUGUUUUGUUCACCCGAUUGCUAUUCGCUCUUCUUUUUUUUUUUUGCCAAAGAAGGAUUUAUUGAGGAGAAUACGGCUUUGAGUUUUCGCUUCUUGGUUUUUUUUGUUUGUUUGUUUUGUAUUAAAACAUCCACAGAGGAAGAAAACUAACAGAAAACCUUUACCUUGCUUGAAACUGUCAACUUUUUUUUUCAGUCAACAAAACAAUAAAACAAAGACUUGUACUCAAACGCGACCCGAAUUGCGUUAUUCUCCUUGGCUUUAUUAUGCGGAAAAAAACAGAGCUGGUUUAUACAAAACGGCAUCAAUAAUACGAUCAGCUAUAAUCGUUACCUGUCAUCUGGCCGGCCGCCAGCGAAUUCAGUUUCAUCGACUGAGGCAAUAAAGCGCAUGUGUUUUUGUGUUAGCUGCUGUGCCAGACGCACGCUAUUGAAAACACGCAAACUUUGGGUGUAUUAAAACACAAACACAGGCGCAUCUCCACCGAUGCGCCGAGGAAGGCAAGCGGGGCUCUGCAGCAGCUGACACGGUGUCCGCGCUUCAAGGGAUAAACUCGCUUCUUUCUUUUUUUUUUUUUCCGCCCCCCUCGCCCCGUCGCUCAUUCCCGGAUUCAUUCUGCCGCGGUGUAUCUGUGUUCAGGAGCCGAGUCUCACGAUGCAUUGCUGCUGGCUGAUUCUGAGCUUCUUGCGUCUGUCCUGGGCUGUCGAAGAAACGCUCAUGAACACCAAACUGGAAACGGCGGACCUCAAAUGGACAACGUUCCCUAAAACGGAUCCACAGUGGGAGGAGGUGAGCGGUCUGGACGAGGAAUCCAACAGCGUCCGCACUUAUGAGAUCUGCAACCCCAGUGAAGCCAGCUGGCUCCGGACCACCCUGAUCCCUCGCCGGGGGGCCACCCGCGUCUACGUGGAGAUCAAGUUCACGAUGAUGGAGUGCUCCUCCAUCCCGCACAGCACCCGUGGCUGCAAGGAGACCUUCAACCUCUUCUACUUCCAGGCGGACAGCGACAUCGCCACGGCCCACUCCCCGGCCUGGAUGGAGAACCCGUACACGAAAGUGGACACUGUGGCCGCUGACCACCUCCUCCGCAAAGGGACCUCCGGGAAAUUCAACACCAAGACCCUCAGCCUGGGCCCGCUGUCCAAAGCGGGAUUCUACUUGGCUUUCCAAGCCCAGGGCUCCUGCAUGGCUCUCCUGUCGGUGAGAGUCUUUUACAAGAAGUGCCCGCCGCUCACCGUCAACUUCACGAGCUUCGAGGAGACGGUGCCGCGGAGCCUGGUGGAGGAGGCGGCGGGGCGGUGCGUGCCCAACGCCCGCAGGUCCUCGCCGGCGCCCCCUAGGAUGUUUUGCGGGCAGGACGGGCAUUGGGUGGAGCAGGUGACGUCAGACUGCGCCUGCGAUGAAGGUUAUGAGCCAGCGGAGGGGAACAGCAAGUGCAGAGGUUGUCCUGUGGGCACUUUCAAAGCCACCCAUGGCCCGGGGUCCUGCCAGGCUUGCCCUGUGAACAGCCAAUCAGCUUCCGAGGGGUCCAGGGUGUGCUCCUGCCGCAAUGGGUACUACCGUGCCAGGACAGACCCCGCCCACACGCCCUGCACCACCCCUCCUUCAGCCCCCCGGAGUAUUGUGACCCGCAUCAAUGACACCUUGGUCACUCUGGAGUGGAGCCAGCCUCUGGACAUGGGGGGUCGUUCCGACGUCUCCUACAACAUCGUCUGCCGCAAGUGCAAGGAUCCGCCGACGAAGGGGGCCUGCGAGAACUGCGAGGAGAGCGUCUCCUUCCGGCCCCUGCAGCGGGCGCUGUCCCAGCGCAGGGUGGACGUCUGGGGGCUGUCCCCCUACACCACCUACACGUUCGAGAUCCAGGCGGUCAACGGCGUGUCCGAGCUGAGCAGCUCCCCGCCGCAGUCCGAGGUGGUCAACGUCACGACCAACAGGGACGUUCCGGUUCCCGUGACCAGGAUCCAGGAGAAAGAAGUGACCGGGAGCAGUCUGACCCUUUACUGGCCAGUGCCUUCUCAAGCCAACUACCAGAUUCUGGACUAUCAAGUCAAGUACUUCGAGAAGGACCAAGGGGAAGCAGGUGCCGUCCAUCUCAAAACCAACACCAACUCCAUCAUUAUCAACGAGCUGAAGCGAGGCACGAUCUACGUGGUGAAAGUGAGGGCCAGGACCAUGGCUGGCUAUGGCAGCUUCAGCCAGGAUAUCUCCUUCCGCACCCAGCCUGAUGAACCAACUAACAAGGACCAGCAGAUUGCUCUGAUCGCAAGUACCGUGGCCGUUGGAGUGCUGGUGGUGGCGAUUGUCAUUAUCGUUGCGGUCGUCUGCAUCAGGAAACACGGCAACUCCAAGGAUCCUGAAUAUUCCGACAAACAUGGGCAGUACCUCAUCGGCCACGGAAUGAAGGUCUACAUCGACCCCUUCACUUACGAAGACCCCAAUGAAGCGGUGCGCGAGUUCGCCAAGGAAAUCGAUGUGUCCUGCGUCAAGAUCGAAGAGGUCAUCGGUGCCGGUGAGUUUGGCGAGGUGUGUCGUGGGUGUCUGAAGAUCGUGGGAAAGAAAGAGAACUACGUGGCUAUCAAGACCCUGAAAGGAGGCUACACUGAGAAGCAGAGGCGGGACUUCCUGAGCGAGGCCAGCAUCAUGGGCCAGUUCGACCACCCCAACAUCAUCCGGCUGGAGGGCGUCAUCACCAACAGCUGUCCGGUCAUGAUCAUCACAGAGUUUAUGGAGAAUGGCGCCCUCGACUCCUUCCUCAGGCUGAACGACGGUCAGUUCACUCCGAUCCAGCUGGUGGGAAUGCUGCGCGGGAUCGCGUCGGGAAUGAAGUACCUGUCGGAGAUGAGCUACGUACACCGCGACCUGGCUGCUCGAAACAUCUUGGUCAACAGCAACUUGGUGUGCAAGGUCUCCGACUUCGGACUGUCGAGGUUCCUAGAGGAGAACUCCUCCGAUCCCACCUACACCAGCUCGCUGGGUGGCAAGAUCCCUAUCCGAUGGACCGCUCCGGAGGCCAUAGCGUUCCGAAAGUUCACCUCCUCCAGCGACGUGUGGAGCUACGGCAUCGUCAUGUGGGAAGUGAUGUCCUUCGGAGAAAGACCCUACUGGGACAUGUCCAACCAAGACGUUAUCAAUGCAAUUGAGCAGGACUAUCGCCUGCCCCCUCCCCCGGACUGCCCCAACUCUCUGCACCAGCUCAUGCUGGACUGCUGGCAGAAAGAACGGAACACGCGCCCCCGAUUUGCCCAGAUCGUCAGCUCCCUGGACAAGCUCAUCCGCAACCCAGCCAGCCUCAAGAUCCUGGCCCGCGAGGCCGUAGAGCCGUCCCACCCUCUCCUUGAUCAACGCCUGCCCCCCUUCUCCUCCUUCGUCUCGGUGGGCGAGUGGCUUCGGGCCAUCAAGAUGGGCCGCUACGAGGAGAGCUUCGUUCAGGCCGGCUUUAGCAACUUUGAUCUGGUCAGCCAGCUCUCAACAGAAGACUUGCUUCGAAUUGGCGUCACCCUGGCUGGUCACCAGAAGAAAAUCCUAUCCAGCAUCCACAACAUGAGGGCACAGUUAAAAACUCCACAACCUGCUCGAUUCUGACACCUACAGCAAUAUCCCCAGCCCCCAGCGCUGGUGGAACAGGCAACACAGCCUUUCAAACUCUGAUACCCCCCCCCCCCAUUACAGGGUGGGGAAUCUGGUGCUAAACAAGGCUAAACGUGACAUUGCACUUUCCUUUUGCGGAGUGAGGACUGGGAGCCAUAAGCCUAGGCACCAGACCAGGGGUGUCCUGGAGGUAAAAUGAGAUCUGGAACGACUCCAGGGUCCAGAUGGGGGGGUAACGGAUUUCCAACAAGGACUAGAACAGCACUGAUGGGUUGAGGCUCAAUUCAUCCGUUUCGACCUGUAGACUUGGCACCGGUUUUGUGUCGGGCGGGGGCGGGGGGGACCAACAAGCCAUCGGAUUCUGUGACGUCUAACGUGAUUCUCUGGGAAUCCUCGCACUUCUGUUGGAGCCUAAUACCGCCCAACACAAGCUGGACGAUAUGACAAGGGUUCACAGGAUCAUGGACUAAAUAAAGCCUGUAGAAUAAAACAUUGAGGGAAUUGGUUUUUCUUUUUAAAAAUCCGGUCCCUGUAUAUUUUAUACCUGAACAAGCCCUGCAUGGUCACUCUGACAGAUCCUGAGCGGUGAAGAACGAAGGAUUCUAUCGGGGAGAUACAGACACACCAUCCUGACUUUGUAUUUUAUUUCAGCUCUUUCAAACCUGGAUCUUCAUUAAGACCAUCGCAAAAAUACGUCUUCCUCGGCCAAAUUUUACCCGCUUUCCUUCAAAGUUUGGGGCAAGUUUACUCCAGCAACCGCUCCAAACUUUGGGGUU